AUGGCAUAUGCCGAUAGAUUUAAUCAGGGUUUACCAUACGGUGCUCAUGUUAUAAUCCUCUUCACUCUGGUUUUCGCUUCUUUGGUGCUGAGCAUCUUGGUCACUUUCUCUUCACCUUUCAUCUCGUCAAUCAAUUUCCUUUGUCUUCCGGCUAUAGGAGGUGAUACCACAUUUGGAGCUUUUGGAUGGUGUUCACCCAGCUUUUGUCUUCCUAAUAAGGUGGCAUAUGAAUUCGGCACAGAGGUUAACCGUGCUUUAACGGGAGGAAUGUUUCUUUGGCCUAUAGCGGUCAUCUUCCUCUUCUUCGCCUUUCUCUCCAUAUUACCUCUGUUGUUCGUGCAUGAGUCCAGAGCUCUGAGGUUCGUAGGCAAUCGAACGUUUUUUCUCGCUUUCGAAAUGUUGGCCACACUCAUCACCGUUACCGCAUGGUUGUUUAGCAUCUACGGAUGGUCGAUAGCUCACCGAGCGUUUCAAGAAGCUGCUACGGCUGUGCAUUUGGGUCCAGCUAUCUGGAUGGGUCUCACAGCUGCUAUCUGCAUGUUGAUCGUCUUCGUCCUCGGCUGGCCGCGGGAUGCAUGGGACGGAGUAGCCACCCGAGCCAGAGGAGGUGCAGGUGCUAGAGGAUUACCCGGACAGGGAGAUGGGUAUUAUCAUUAUAAACGUACCACCCGGGAGGUAGUACCUCGAUAUUGA